ACCUUAAAAUUUUCAAGGUUAAAACCCGCAUCUAAGAGCGGUUCAGUUCAGCUAAUCUGAUACCUGAUUCUUCUGUGCUCGGCUGGUUUAUUAUUAGUUUCGUUGGUGAUCAGCAAAAUGGGAAGGUCUCCAUGCUGUAGUUCUGAUGAUGCUAUUCUCAAGAAGGGUCCAUGGACUCCAGAAGAAGAUGAGAAGUUGCUUGAGUACAUUAACACGCAUGGCCAUGGCAAUUGGAAAACUCUUCCAAAGCAUGCUGGCUUGAAUAGAUGUGGAAAGAGUUGCAGGCUAAGGUGGGCAAACUAUCUGAGGCCUGACAUCAAGAGGGGGAGAUUCUCCGAAGAAGAAGAGAGACUUAUCAUUAACCUUCAUUCCACUCUUGGGAACAAGUGGUCAAAGAUUGCUACUUAUCUCCCUGGACGAACAGAUAAUGAGAUCAAGAACUUUUGGAACACCCACAUCAGGAAGAAGCUUCUCAACAUGGGACUCGACCCAAACACCCACAAACCAAGAACUGAUCUCAAUCACCUUUUGAAUCUUACUCAGCUGAUUUGUGCUGCACAGUUAGGCAGCUUGAUGAAUCCUUGGGAAAGUAGUGCUCUUAAAGUGCAGGCUGAUGCUGCUCAGCUAUUGCAGAACUUAAUCCAAACCCUGAAUACCAACCAACUCUCAACUAUUACUGCUGGUUUAGUGGGGUCCCAGACUUCUUACCCAUAUGAAGGAUUGAUAAAUGGGACAAGCUCUCUUUAUGCCGAUGAACCAGCCCCAGUUCCUCAGAAAUUUCAUUUAAUGUCUCAAACAUCAAGUGAUCAACACCAGAGUCAGGGUGUAAUUGACAACUCGUGGGCAAGUUUUGAAGGUUAUGAAAGCUCAGAUAUCAGUGAUUUUCUAAUUUCUGAAUUGGUUCCGGAAUCUCCUGAGACUGCUACUACUUCCAUGAACCAAAUGGGAGACGACAAGACCAACACCAAUCACGGCUCAACCAUGUCACCAGACUCUUCCAUUUUCCAGGCUUGGGAGAAGCUAAUGGAUGAUGAAACUGAUAACUCCUUCUGGAAAGAUAUUCUUGAUUUGGCAUCGUCGCCAUCAUCUCCCAUACUAUGA